UUUUUUUUUUUUUUUUGAGAAUAACUUGUAAAAAACAAUAGAAAUAUCAACAUGACACGCUCAAAGAAGUCCAAAACUCAGUCUUCCUCAUCACGUGCUGCUUCAUCCAAAAGUUCGUUGUCAUAUUUAAAGGAGGAAACGACGCAAGAAAAUCUAAGUUUAGGAGAUUUCGGUGGCUUGUGGCUAUUUCUGCAGGGUGAAAAAGCAAAAUGGUGUAACUCGAAUAUACCGGCACCUCUGGACAUUGAAAGUAUAUUAAAUGUUCAAUCAAUAGAAAGCGAAACAAAGCAACCUCCACAGUUACCUCAUUCUUCUUCUUCCGAAUACUCUUCUGAAGAAGAAAUAGUGGUUGCUGAAUCUAAAGUGCAUAAAGCAGUACAACAAUCAUCAAAGAAGAAGGUUGAAGGUAUUGUAACAGUUAGUAAAGGAAAGGGAUCACCUAACAAAAAGAAGGGUAAAAAAACUGCAACUACAAACGAGUCCAAAGCUGAUGUGGCUGUGGGAACGCUUAUUGACGGCGUAAAAAAGGUUCAUUUCAAUGAAUCUAUUCAAGUAAACUCUCGAUCCAGGUAUAAUAAUGUUAAGGAAUCAGAUUUGGUUUUAAAUAAUCCAAAGAUAUACAAUACGACUAAGACAUUCCGUUUUAGUGUCCCAAUUCCAAUCACAAUAUCGGAUGAUCCUAUCCACGUUUUCAUUGAUAAUUCUAACAUCUUGGUUGGAUUCUUGGCGUAUUGUAGACAACAUGCAAAACGUCCGAAAGGACUUUCGGGCCAAAGGUCAAAACCCACGUUAGAUUAUAAUGCUCUUUUCACCAUACUAGAACGUGAAAGGAAUAUCGCACGUAGAGUUUUAGUAGCUUCUUCGCCAUUAUAUCAACCACUCGAAAAAGCGGAUCAAGCUGGUUACGAAGUUUCCGUUUUAAAACGUGUUAAAAGUGAUUCUAACUCGACCCAAACAGAUUUUAAUGACUAUCAAUCACCUUUUGAGAUGGAGAAAGAACAAUGUGUUGAUGAGCUACUCCAUCUCAAGAUUCUGGAAUCUUUGCUAGAUUAUCAUGCUCCAGCUACUUUGGUCCUUGCCAGUGGAGAUGGAAAAGAUGCAGAAUAUUUCGAGGGAGGCUUUCAUAAAUGUGUAAUUAAGGCUCUAGAACGUGGUUGGAAGGUCGAGAUUAUCAGUUGGAAACGCCAGUUGAGCCAAAACUUCUUGAACAAGAAAUUCUUGAGUAAAUGGGAAGGUCUAUAUCACGUCGUUUUCUUGGAUUGGUUUGCCGCAGAACUGGGAUGUCACAUGUAACGAAAACUAUAGCCUUAGUCCUUAAACUCAAAUAAUUGAUGUGAUUAUUAAAUUUAUUACAUUACCUUAUUAUGUAAAUUCUGUGUUCAAAAUUAUAAAAAUUAUAUAUAGCGAAACUUCUUAAGUACACGAUGAACUAUUUAUAUUCUCUUUGCCAUACUCUUUUCCUUUUUAUUUCUCUUUUUUAUUUCCUUUACACAUAGACCAU